UGUGAUGCAGCAGCAGAGGUACGGACGGACGGCGUGUUGAAAAAUACUAAAUAGCCAAGCGGUGAAGCGUUGGAAGAACAUUAAAUUGCUAGCAAUAGUUGCUCAAUCUGCCAAAAUGAGUGAAAUCACUCCAUCCAAACUGAAAGUUGCAGAGCUCAGGAGUGAGCUGCAGCUGCGAGGCCUGGAUACCAAGGGUGUAAAGGCAAUACUUGUGCAACGACUUGAGGAAGCUCUCUUAGAGGACGAUGAUGCUUCCACAGACGUUUCCCCAGCACCUGAAGACAAAGAAGAAGAAGAUUUUGAUGGUGGGUUAGAAGACAAUGGAGUGGAGACAGGACAGGAGGCCCUCGAAGAGGAUGUGAGCGAUGCUCAACCGGACAUUGGACAAGUUCUUGAUGAAGACAGUUUGUUGCAAGACUCUGAGGACAGUGCUGCUCCUACUGAAGAAGGUGAACCAGCUGAACCUGAGCAGGAAGAGGAGGCUCAAGAAAUUUCUCAGGAGACGGAAGCUCCUCAGGAGCAAAUGGAGCAAGAGACCGAAGCCCCCAUGGAGCAAGAGCAAGCUGAAGAGAAAGCGGAGGAAGCACCAGCAAUGGAACAGCAAGAACCGGUGGCAGAGGUCAAGCCAGAAGAAGAGGUCAAGCCAGAAGAAGAGGUUAAGCCUGAAACCAUCGAGGCUGAGGUCAAAAUGGAAGCGGAGGAAAGCAAGCCAGAUGUUAAGGAUGAAACCAGUCAGCCAACAGCCGAAGCAGAAGUGAAAGAAGAGAAAAAAGAAGCCCCUGCCAAAACUGAAGAGCAAGAAAAAGAGAAGGACUCUCGUGACAGAAAGCGCGAACGUGACUAUGACCAUGGACGAGAUAGAGGACGCCAUGAUCGCUACAGAGAUCGCUCACCUAGGAGAAGGAGCCCUUCCCCAGCAGUGAUGGAAGAGGAUGAUGAUAUUCCAGAGACAACAUGCGUACUCAGCAAAUAUAUUUCUGAUUUGAACGUUAAAGUGAGCAAAGACGGCACAACAGCUCAGCCUCUCACCAUGGAUGGCUUUGCUUUCUUGUGGGGAGGAGUCAAAGGAACACACGGUGCUGCCAAGGGAAAAGUGGGCUUUGAAGUCAAGCUGGAAAAACAUCUUGAGGUGAACCAGCUUCCAGCUGAUGAAACUAAAAAUGUUGUUCGAGUCGGUUGGUCUACAGACGACACCUCUCUUCAAUUAGGUGAGGAGGCCUUCUCUUAUGGAUAUGGAGGAACUGCCAAGAUUUCUGUUCAGUGCAAAUUCAGUGAUUAUGGUGAAAAGUUCGAAGCUGGAGAUGUGAUCGCCUCGUACUUGGAUUUUGAAGGAGAGAAACCCACCAUCUCAUACAGCAAGAAUGGCAAUGAUCUUGGUGUGGCCUUCACCAUCGAUGACGAUCUGGAGGGCAAAGCACUGUUCCCCCAUGUGCUGCUCAAGAAUACAUCUAUUGCGGUCAACUUUGGUCAGAAGGAAGAGCCAUUUUUCCCUGUGCAAGAAGGCUUCACACUGAUCGGUUCAGUACCUGUAGAAGAUAGAGUCCGUGGGCCUCUUCCCCCAGCCACUAAGAAAGACUCGGAGAUCUUGAUGAUGGUCGGCCUACCAGGCGCUGGUAAGACCACGUGGGUAGAGAAGUACUGCAAAGAACACCCUGAGAAGAAGUACUACAUCCUAGGCACCAACCUUAUCAUGGAUAAGAUGAAGGUGAUGGGACUCCCUCGAAAGCGCAACUACAGUGGCCGCUGGGAUACCUUGAUGGACAGGGCAACUAAAUGUCUGAACCGCUUCUUUGACAUGGCUUCUCGUAAGAAGCGCAACUUCAUCUUGGAUCAGACAAAUGUGUAUCCCUCUGCAAGAAGACGAAAAAUGCGACCUUUUGAGGGUUUCACCGGAAAAGCAAUCGUAGUAGUACCCACAGAUGAGGAAUUUCAGAAGCGAAUUGAAAAACGCACAAAGGAGGAAGGCAAGGACGUGCCCGAACAUGCAGUGUUGGAAAUGAAAGCCAAUUUUGAGCUGCCAGAAGGCGGUCAACUCUUUGAAGAGGCCGUCUUUGUGGAGCUGAACAAAGAGGAGUCCAAGCCCCUGGUAGAAAAGUACAACAAGGAGGGACGUGAUGCCGUUGGAUCAGCUCCAAAGCGGUUCCGAGAUGACCGUGACCGUCGUAGUGGUAGCGGUGGUGGGUUCAACCGUGGAGGAGGAGGCUUCAACCGUGGUGGCGGCUUCAACCGUGGUGGCAGCGGAGGUGGUUUUGGCGGAGGCUACAGUCGUGGUGGUGGUUACAAUCGAGGCGGUUAUGAUCGAGGAAAUGACCGUGGUGGCAACCGAGGUGGAUACAGGGAUCAGAGACAAAACCGUGGAGGUUAUGGUGGUGGAGGAGGAGGAUACGGCAGUGGAGGUUACGGUGGUGGCAGUAGCGGUGGUGGCUACCGUGGAGGUUACGGAGGCAGCAGCGGCGGUGGUGGCUACAGAGAUAACAGAAGCUCUGGUCAUAGCGGCAGUCACAGUGGUGGCGGCAGUAGCUACGGCGGCAGCAGGGGUAGCAGCGGCAGCAGUUAUGGCAACCGAGAUUCAAGCAGCUACGGCAACCGUGGUGGAAGUAGUUACGGAAGCGGAGGUGGUGGUGGUGGCAACUAUGGCAGUAGCUACAACAGACGAGACCAGGGAUCCUCUGGAUCUUCAUAUAACAGACAGGGGAGUUAUGGUAGUUCUGGUGGCUACAGUAGUCGGGGACAAGGCAGUGGUUAUGGAAGCAGCACUGGGGCGAGCAGCUACAACAGCGGAGCAAGCAGCACCACUGGUGGAAGCUACGGUAGCGGCUCUGGUACCUCUGGCUAUGGCUCCAGCGCCAACACUGGCUAUGGCUCCAGCGCCAACACUGGCUAUGGCUCCAGCACCAACACAGGUAGUACCAGUCAGGUGGCACCCACAACCGGUCAACAGGGAUACACCAACCAGCAGUAUCAACAAUAUGCACAGCAGUAUCAGCAGUACCAACAAUACUACCAGAAUAACCCUCAGUACGCCCAGCAGUACGCCCAGUACGCCCAGCAGUAUGGUAACUAUGGAGGAUACGGUCAGGGCUCGGGAGCCAGUGGUGGUACCUCUCAGUAGAAGCCAUUUGGGUCAAAGCAAAUCUUUCCAACCAGUCUGCUUUUACUGUCGUUCUCUUUUUUAUACUUGAUAAAGAAAUUCUUUCUUGGGAAUGUGAUUUAAGGCUACUAUCGUAACAUUUGGUUAAGGUGGAAUAGUGGCACAAAAAUCAUAGUGAUAUUUUUCAUUUUAGAAACUUGUAAAUAUUUUAGACAUUAAAUCCUGAAUCUUGUUCUGCAUUACUCUUUAAUGGUAAUGCCCUGUUUUAGAUGAGCGUUGUGAAUAGAGUAUGAAACUAUGAACCAAGGAUACUUCCAAUAAAGUAUUCUUCACCAUCUGUGUUAAAACCAUGAGGGGGAAAAAAUGGAAUAAAUGAAGACAAAAAAUGUAUUACUCUGUUUCUGAAAUGAGUAACAAUUAAUGAUUUGUUAAACCAUAUUCAUAUCAAAUGUAGUUAGGGCAGUUAAUUUGCUUUUUGCUUUUAAAUAUGUUAGCAAAAGUUGAAAUGGCUUGUUAGAAAUCAAGGAAAGAUUCUUUUAAUAGGGUUGUUUUCUACACAUUUUUUGUUUGUGUUUAUUAUAAAUUUGUUGUGCUUUUUGUUUAUUAUAGUUUAUUUAAGAGUGAAAUUCUGUCAUUCCAAUUUUGUAUCGAUUUGUUCUGAAGGUUUUAUUGUAACAGUGCCAUUGUACUUUGGUGUACGUUGUAGUAGCAGUCAGUUAGAAGGUGCCCACACGACCAUGUUUUCAUCCAACCAAAUUAUAACCCUAAACCCACAAAUUGAGUAGGGUAAUAAUUUCUUCUCAUAUAUCUUCAUUGGAGAUGAGAUUAAUUUUUGUUAUCUACUGUACAUGCCAUACUGUUUGUAAAGUUGUUGGUUAUCCCUUCCCCAGGCAUUGUUGCUUCAAUCCCAGCCAAAAUGGGCUUUUGAAAAUAAACACACCCUCCCAGUCCUUCAAGCAAUGUUGUUACCUCAAGCUGGAGCGAAGGACCAUGCAAUGAGAACUAACAUGGAAUGGGGGACGUUUCCAUAUUUGGUUGGAUUGUUGUUGCUUUUUUCUAGACCUUUAAAAAAGAGAUAUUAUGUGGUUGGGGGAUGAUCCAUUAUUUCCUGUGAUUGUGUAGGUGAACCAACAGUUAACGCUAGUAUGUUGUUAGACAUGCAUGAUAGCAGUAUGUUUACAUGUGUUCUCUAUUGAAAUAUUUUGUCUGUAAAUUAAUUCAUUGAACAUGCACCAUGAAGUUAAUUUUAAGAUGACUAAGAGACGCGACCUAUUAUGAUAGAUGACUGUUCCAAAGAUACCUCUUUUGCUAGAAUCAUUGAUGAAAAUGUUUUAUGUGGUAGUUUUUUGUUUGUUUUUUACCUAGAUCUUCAAAAGUGAUCGAGAGAGUCGUCUUGUUGUUAAAAUAAAAUAUUGAUGUUUACUUUUUAAAUGAAUCAAUCUUUUAAAAAUUAUAUGCAAGGAAAAAAAGUGAUGCAGGUGUUUUUUGUAAUGGAACUUAAUGAAUGAGUGAUUGAAGAUAUUUGUUUAAGCCUUUUUCUUCAUUUCAUGUUUUUGUCAAAACAGGAUUUCAGUUUUAGGUCCAUUUAUGAGGUAUGUGAAAAAGCACCGAUUAUUUUGGGGGGUAUAAGCUUUUAUUCCUCAUUUCAUGUUUUUGCCAAAACAGGAUUUCAGUUCAUAAGUCCCAUGUAUGAAUAGCACCGAUAAUCUGUUUUGGGGGUUUUAAUCAAAAUAAAGCUGCUGUAAUUUGCCAAUGCUUGCUUCGUUCUCGCAGAGUCGUCCAAACGGACUGGUUUUAAUUAUCUAUUUUGGUUCUAUAUUUUCAUUUGUCAUUAAGCACAUUUACACAAUCAUAGAACUCAGGGACCCUAGUUCUGUUAUUCUUAGUUUUGUAUAGUGAAGAAGAAAAAACGGGACAAUUCUGGUGAUCCUGAUGAAAAAGUGUUGAUUCUUUAAUAUUAAAUACUGGAACUUUUUUAACUGAUGAGAUUAGAGAUUCUUGAGAUGGAUUAAUAAACAAAAACUGUGGAGAUUUAUUCGCAUCCUUGACAUCA